AUGUCUGUCACGUCCUUGCAUCGUGAGACUGCCUUCCAGGCACGAUCUUUGUUCCGCUCCCUUCUGCGCUAUUCUGGACAAUUUUCCAACUAUAACUUCCGUGAAUACGCUCGUCGGAAGACAAGAGACUCAUUCCGCAAGCACCAAAACACUACAGAAGAACGCCGGAUACAGGAACUGAUCCAGGAGGGACUUCAAAGCUUGCGCUUGCUGAAGAGACAAACGAUCAUCAGCCAGUUCUAUCAGUUGGAUAAGUUGGUGGUGGAAGGCCAGAAGACUGGAAAGGAAACCGGGAACCAUGGAGGCAUUGUUCGCCAGAAGGACACUGGAGCCUCGCGCUCAGGGCGACACCUCGACGGUGCCCCAAACCGUACCCGCACCGGCCAAAUUGACCACGAUGUCUUUGAGGGAUUGCCAGUGCGUCGCUGGUCCCGACAGCAGCACACCUUCUCUCAAGCGCCCAAACCUGAUGACUCGGAAUUCAGCAUUCAAGGCCCAGGCGGAGGUCCAACGCUACCAGAGCUCCCAAUGCCAAGAGAUAGCCAGCUCUUGCCGCCAAUCAGUCGUGCACUCCUUCGAGCAGCCCGUGCCGGAUGUAUCCAUAUUCGCCAGGGCAGUCGACCAGCUGAUGAUGAGGAUAAAAGCGUGGCAGAUGCGGAGGACCCGUCAUCUUCAUCUCAGAUGGCCGACCGGAGCUUCACAACUCGCAAAUGGAUGACGCUUCCCAAACACCUCGAGCCUGCAGAGGUUGAGUUUCUGGCAAAGAGACGUCCUGGUCUUUCAUCACUUUAUGGUGCCACUGCUGGUACGGAUGGGUCGGCUUCUGGGCCCAUGAGGAGGACGAAAUUCAAGAAAGUUGAUCCUGAAACAGGCAACAUCUCCGUCUACGAGGCGUGGGUGCCUGAGGGCCAUCGUAUUGAAGGAGAGAUCACUGGUGACUUGCAGACGAUUGCCGAGCAGAGCCAAGUCCCUGUGAAGCCCGAAGCGCCCGCACCUGGGACGGUUGUCGAGGGGGUCGGUAUUGUCAAUGCUGAGGGUGUUGUUGUUGCGGAGGCUGGAUCAGCAGCUGUUAUGACACCUCCAAAGCGACGUCCACCCCCACCUAAAAGAAAGGGCAAAGGGAUUGGAAAGGGCCGGAAGAAGAAGGUCAUGUUUGCACCUGGCGAAGGGGCUGAUGCCGCGACAGUACACGGAGUUGGCCUUACUACUGGUAAUGGGGAGGGUGGUGUCAAUAGAGAAGGCCAGCAUGAUGCUUCGCACAUGUCAAUCGACCAGGCUGGUCAAGAUGAAGACGAUGAAGAUGGCGACGAAGGUGAUGAGAGCGACGAUGGUGACGAUUCCAUGAUAGACGCGAAGACUCCUGAUACCCCCCAGCCUCUGUCUGGCACAGAGUUCGCGGAUCAGCCUUCAUUCGAAACUUCUGCCGAGCAGUCAGCCGAUGUCGACAUGGCAGAUGCCGUUCCUGAAAACCAGCCUCCUGCGCCGGAAACUUCUCUACCAAUCGAAAAGGAGAAGCAAAAUCAGCCUGAAAAUACCCCAGGGAUGGAUUUCGGCGCUCUGGCUUCCAAGGUUCCUUCGGAGAAGGCUGAGGUCACCCAAUCAAAUGAGAAGCCGAUCAUUUCGGAGUAUGACAACCCUCCCACUUAUCCCGCCGGAUCUGCUGUGACGCCAAGUGAACCUGCCGAGCUUUCAGCUGCAGCCAACGAAGCUCAAAUUCCACAUACUAAGGCGCAAGAAGAGGAAGUCAUAGAGCCGAUGGCUGACCUUACACCAAAGGGAGAACCUGCGCUUCCCAUUCAGCAGGAAAAUGCGACUGCCCUGCCACCUGCUAGCAGCGAAUCCCCCCUAGAAACCCCAGUGGCACGUGGGCAUUCAGAAAUUGAGCGGACUGCAGCAUCGGACGAUGUCUUGGCAGAGCCUUGGGAAUCCAAACAGAUUCCAAGCGAGUUCAUCUCGCAUCCUGGCACACAAGAACAGCCCUCGACAACUACUGAACCGGACCAACAAAGUCCCUCUGAACCUUCCAGGCCCAGUCUAUACCCAGAAGAAGCGAAAGAUGUUGAGAUGGGAGAUGCCCCGGCCCCGGAACAAAGCCUAGGGGUAGAUGCCCAGUCUUCCGCGAACCCAGACUUGCCUCAAGCAAUACCACCUGUGGAGUCCACCAUAGCUGCUGCUACAGAUUCUAAUCUACUAGAAAAACCAAGGCCCACCGCAAACGAAAGGACAGAAGCAGCAUCCAAAACAAGUGUCCCUGAUCAAAGUGUCGCUGCCGAAGCAGAGCUGCAAGAAGAUUCUCGGUCUACGGAAGCUAAGCAAGCCAAUAACGAACCCGAGCAGCUCCCAGACACGAUCCCACAGGCUGGUUUGUCUGAGUCUACAUGA